GCCAUGAUCGAGGCCCCGGCGCGGGUGAUUACUAUAGGGGGGGGGGGCGACGGAAGGAAAAUUUUGUUGUGUGUACAGUUCAAAUCGAAUUGAUGUAAUUAAAGGACAAUAGCGGUGACAGACGAGUAAACAAACAUGGUGAUGUGCUUCGUACCAAACUGCAGGCAUUACAGCGAGAGGGACUCGUGCAAGUUCUUUCAUUUCCCCAAGACGCGCCACGAGUUCGACAAAUGGAAGAAGCUCAUCAGUCGUGCUGACAGAGAGCCGAGCCAACACUCAAUGGUUUGUAGCUGCCACUUCCCAGAUGGAAAAAGAGAACAUGGCCCAGCUGUCAUUUUACGCAGCCCCAACACACGACUGCUGCCAGCAAGUGAUCGGCGUCUCAUCAGGGGCAUCGAUCCAAAUGAUCCAAACGUGAAGAAGUUCCGUGGAAAGCCACAGUUGGCUCGAUACCUGGGGACAGGUGCAGAUAUUAGUAGUUUUGAUUACAGGACUGGAAAACUGAUCCCGGGCAAGUUACAGAAAAACAAGAUUCGCCUUCGCAAUGACCAAAUUGGCCAAGGAAAGGGAAAACCGGAUCUAAAUACAUCCCUGCCCAUCAGACAAACAGCCUCUAUCUUUAAGCAACCUGUCACCAAAGUUGUAAAUCACUCGUCUAGCAAAGUAAAGGCAGAUCCACACAGAGCCAUUGACCAGCCAAAACAGAUGUUGUCUUCCCUGUGGCAGUUGUUUUGGGAAAAGAGGCUUCAAGGUUGGAGUGCUUCUGAUAUCACUGAGGAAAUCCUCAAGUCUAUGGAUCUACCAAAAGGAAUCCAAGGUGUUGGCCCAGGUUGGUCAGCCGAGACGCUCCUGUCCUCACUGGCCAGUGCACUGCACACUAGCUCAUCUUCCAUCACUGGGCAGAUGUCUGCAGGUGUGGAAAAAAACCCAGCUAUAUGGCUCAACACCAGCCAGCCUCUUUGUAAAGCCUUCACCGUCACCGAUGAUGAUAUCAGAAAACAAGAAGAACGGGUUCAAAGCAUUCGCAAGAAACUGGAGCAAGUGUUGAUGGCUGAUAUCCUGGCUUCAGCAGAGGACAUAGUGGACGAUGAGAGCCCCCUGCCAGAGAAAAUGGAAGAAGAUUAAUGUGGCUGCUGUGCAUAUCUUGAGAAAAGCAACUAGUUCAACAAGACAACUAGCCAAGUGUAUCCAAUAUUCCAGAAGUCCUUGCCCUUUACAAGGAGACUGACAGGAUAAGGCUGCCAUGCUUGAAAUAUUGCUCGGUUUUUUUUUUCAACUUGAUAAUUGUUCUCGAACGGUAUGUAACUGUAGCUGUGCACAUGAUGUAAAAUGAGGACUGUAGUCUAAGAGUCUUCAUUUUUUUCCGUGACUUUUUGCAAAGUCAUACUUUGCUGUACAUUGAUCAUGCUUUUGUGACUGUUUUUAUACUUUUGCUUUUUCAACAAAGUUAUAUUCAGUCAAAAUACAUGUUUGCUUGAUAAAACAGUGUAAAGUGCUUUUGAUAAAUCUGCCAUAAGUAUUUGUGAUAUGAUGGAACCCAUUAUUAGUAUGAUAAGCAUACAAUACCAAUUAUGGAAUAAUUUUAAUACACUUUUUUUUUCCUUUUACAAGGUAAAUGUCACAGUAAAAGCUAGUUAUUUGCGUAUAUUCCCAUUUGUGGCAGAAGUGUUGAUUGCUAUAUGGUUGUAUUGGCUUGCAUUAGUUUAAUUCACACGGGUGUUCAUUUCUCCAUGACUGUACAAUGCAGUUGAAUAUUACAAAAAACACAUCUUGCAUAGUGGAUUUCUUUACAAAAAAUAAAUAUAUAUUAAAAUA